AUGGCCGCGGCGGCGGCAGAUCCUCCCUCGUGGUCGCUGGUCCCUGGUCGCGUGGAUCGGCCUGGUGGAUGUCGUGGCGUUGCAACAACAACCAAAAAGCAGCUGAAUCAGCUGACUGGAAGCCACUACCCUAAUGUUCAGUCUUGGUUUAGACAGCACAUAUUCAGUACUGAAGUGAAGGAGAACAGACAGUGCAGGAGAGACACUGAAUCUGGAGAUUUGCAAACAGCCAAGCUGUAUUUGAAACAAACACAUCCAGUAAUGGCUCCUUGGAUAAGACUGAGCUUAGCAAAGCCUCUCCCAACCAUCAGUGAAGCUUUUGAAGAUAUUCUAGAAGACAUAACAAGCAACACAAAUGGUUUUGGAAAUGUUUACAUGAAUCCAGGUUCUUGUUCAGUUGAAGAUCACUGUCAAUCAAACUUCCAACUAGCAAGAUCUGCUUUUAUGGGACCUCUGGAGAGCAAGCAUCAUUUCCAAGACAAAGAGAGAUGCGGAAUGCUGCCCAACCGACAAACAAUCUUAAAUCUGUCUGAGUCACCACAAAUGGUUUCUAGAUGCACUCUUCCUAAAGUGUUGUCAUUGCAACAGAACAGUUUCAUUCAUGAUUAUAUCAAAACCUACUCCGCUUCGGGCAGGAACGCAUUAGAAGACCUGUAUGAAGGAGCCCAGAAGACUUGUGGAUGGAAAUGUCCUAUUGGCAGUGAGAACACAGGAACUGACUGCACACAGCUCAACUUUCACAGCACCUAUGCAGUCACACCUCAAGAAAAAAUGAGCAAAAAACAACAUGUGACUAGCUUACCAAGAUACCCUUCUCCAAGACCAUCGCAAAGAGAAAAUGGCUGCCAGGAACAAAAAUAUAGUUACAAUCAAGACAAGGUGCCAGCUUUGGAAAGCAGCUCCAAUCCAAACCCUCUUCCUGUUAAUGGUAAAUCAAUCUGGCUGCAUCCCAUCAGAGAAGCACCCCUGAGUGCCAGGGAUUGGCGAUCUUCACAAAGAGGGCAGCAUGGUUUGAAGACAACUGGAUCUCCUGAAAAAGAGUCUCUGAAGUCUUCUACUCAUAAACAAUCUCUGAAGGGAGAGACAGAUAACAGAAAUAGCUGGGUGGAAUAUUUCCAUAUUGAUAAGAAAAUCACAGGUCGCGAUUGGAUUGCAGAAUACCAAAGUGCUUGGAAAGAAGCCAAGGUUAGAGCAUGCCUACUCCCUGCCAUAGAAGAGUCGUAGUUUUCUUUUUUAUUUAAUGGCAACAAAAAUACAUAUAUAUAAAUCUUUACGUCCCUAUUGUGAAGAGCAUCUGUAGCAUUCCUCCUGUUAAUGGCACAGAAAUGCUUUAUUAUGUGCAAAUGUUAAAGGAAGAUGUGUGGAUCUUCAGACAAUCAAGAGGAACAAGCAGCAGUGCACCAUAGAAGACAUAAUGAGGGUUCUGUACCUUAGGCAUUCAGAUAAUAAGCCAUAAUUGUUAAACAUGUUUCUAAUCUCUUGUAAUUUUGACUGUCGGAACAGUCAAAAUGAGACAUUCCAAGCACAUCCAGCUUGAACGUGCUGGAACUGAAGUCUAUUUGAAUUUAGCUAAAGAGCACUCCAAAACAUACAACAGAAAAAAAAACAUUUAAUAUAUUAAUAGUAGGAUAGGAUUUAUUCUGUUAGAUUUUUUAUCAUAAUCAAAAAGAGAGCCUGGAAGAACUCAGAAGCAAAGAUCUACUACUUCAGAGGAGCACAAUGGCUCAGCAAAAGCUCAAAAUCAGGGCAGCAAUGUCCCUCCCAUCCUGUUGCUUCCUCCCCAGCAUCUAUAUUCAGAGUAACUAAAUCUCAAGACUGCAAAGAGCCGCUGAUUACAAUAUCGCUGAUCACAGUAUCUACCCUGAUUUAUCUGCUUCCAUUUUAAUUCUAUUAAUUGGAAAGCCAUCGGUGUACCUUGCUUAUCAACAUAUCCCAUAUGCUAUCUAUUGCAAGAGGAUUUUGUUUGCCUUGAUCUCUGGGUUCACCAGAACACUAUCGUGGAACAUUAGACUAUACGCCGACUCUUAUUAGCUUUUAUCAUCUUUAUACAGAACUUAAAUCUCUUUCCCCAGCUGCAAUUUCAAAAGAGAAAGUAAGCCCUCAUUUGUUUUCUAGGUAGCAACCAAACCAUUUUUUAGCAGAGUCUUCUGCCUAUUAGGUCACGUUGCUUAAUCAAAUUACUUUUGUUUUUUGUUUGACUUUUAUUACUGUUCUAUUUUCAUAAUGAUGAAAAUUUCAUUGUUUUGGCUUGUGUGUGUGUGUGUGUGUGUGUGUGUGUGUGUUCAUUUGCUUUCCUUUUGUGUAUUCAGAAAUACACAAGUUGCUUGUGUUUAUCUAAGAAGUAACAGAGGGAUUUUAGCUCCUCUUAUAGGAAGACUACUCAUAGGUGGUCGCUUCCUGGCUGAAACAAGUAUAUUAAAAAUGUUAAAGGUCAUCAAUAGCUACUGAAAAAUACAGUGCCUUUCAAUUAGAGCAUUCCAUUUUUGUCAUGAAUUUACAUUGUUUUUUUCUCAUGAGUUUUUUGUUACAUCAUUGCAUUGUGAAUAGAUUUUUGUUUUUAGGCCUCUUUGUUUCUGAAUCUAGCAUGAAUAGGUUAAAAUACUUCUACUAAAUGAAAAAGACAGUUGAAAUCAAACUGUGGUGUGUUUGUAAAUUAGCUGCCCAGAGAAGGAAGGAAAGAAGGAAGGAAGGAAGGAAGGAAGGAAGGAAGGAAGGAAGGAAGGAAGGAAGGAAGGGUUGAUUGGUGCAUAAGGCCUGACUAGUCAGAUCUGCUCUCAGCUGGCUUGCAAAAUUCUAGAAACUUUUGCAAUGGUCUCUUGCAAACUGGUAUAAUCCAGCUCCAGUACAUGGUGUAGUAAACCAUAAUUCUCUUCUAAUUUGGUAGAGUUAAUUUUAUUUUUUCCUGAUAUAAAUUGAAAUCCAACUGUCUAUACUUGGUGGAUAUUUUUGGUUUGCUGCAUUUUUGCUGGUCAGAUGGCGGCGUGUCAUUUUUUUCCCCCCAAAGCAAAUUGCAUUGUUUUCUUGAAAUUCACAAUAAUAAAAAUCACAAUAUUUAAUCAUUAGUGUACAUAUGAUAUCAAGAGACUGCUUUACAUAUCAUUAUAUUAAAUAGCAAUUGUGUCUCAAUUCAGUUGUGAUAGUCCCCUACUUGCGACUGUGGUAUACCACUCUUCUUAUUGUAGGUAAAUAUAAUAUAGGCUGAGAAGUUGCAUGAAAUGUAUACAUACACAACAAAUUGUGUAUCACUUUAAUUAAUUGCUGAAUAUAGUUUGUGGUGUAUUAUAGUGGUAAAGGAGAUGGAUUAAGAAUGGUGAAAUCCAGGUCUAAGUCCAUUCUUAGCCAUGGAAAUUUACUGAGGAGUCUCACCUAAUUUUCCUCACAGAUUUUUCUUGUGGGGAAGAAAUGAAAGGAGUUCCAUUUCAAAGCCACUUUGAGCUCCUGGAGUAAAGGCAACAUACAUAUAUAGCAAAUAAACAAUUAAAUAUAUCCACUAACUUUCUGAGGAUUGAAGUGGACAUGAGGGGAACCAUAUGCUUUUCAUGUUAUUCUAUAUAAAUUAGGUAUUGCAUGCUGUAUGCUAAAGUUAUUCCUUCAUGGACCUCCACAAAUUUCCAUUUUGAGCUUUAUUCAGGAUCCACUCAUCCUUACUAAGCUCUUUGUGUUGGUAGUCAGGAAAUAUCAAAGAGACAGUAGCACAAUUCUCUUUCAUAUUCACCCAACAACCCAUCUUCCUCAGCUAAAUUAAUUGGGAGAAAAACCGUGAUACCUAUAGUGGUCCACAAAGAAAUAUCAGCUCACAGCAUAUCCUGUAAAAACAGUAGAGGCAUUGUUCCUGGUGUAUUACUUCAGGAAAUCUUUGCAAAAGAAUUUGACCAUUCAGUAUGAAUGGUGUGAGCUCUACCAGAUGGGGAAAUUAAUUCUUUCUGGAAAGUUUGAGUUACAUGAAGGAGUGAUUAGCAAUGCAUAGAAUUUCUUUCUUCUGCCUCCAGCUAGUCAUCACAUCGGUUCUGGAAAGUUGGGGAACGUUCAACAAUGUGAGUUAGAGAAUUAACUGUUAAAUAUUUCUUUUUUAAAAAGUCUUGUUUUGGUUUUUAACUGAGAACUGUAUGCAACAAAAUUUCAUUUUAAUGUAUGCCGAUUAGUGUACAUUCAAAGUGACAAUAAAAUUAUUCUAGGUCUAAGUUCUAAGUCUUAACUCCUUGGAAUAGAAAUAGAAAGCCAGCCAGAAAUAAAGGGAAAGGAUCAAACUUUUCUCCUUCACGUUCUGGUUUGCUGUAACUCUAGAUUUAAGCUGCAUGAAAAGUAAGGAAAGUAGACAAAUUUACCAUCUUUUCAUCUUGGAUCUGGGCAAAUAUUUUGUUACAUUUUAAAAGCUUCUUAAUUCAAUUAAUAGCUUAUUUAUUGUACACAUUUGUGGUAAAUCAGAUGAUUACAUGAGAAUGGGAAUAUUUGUUUUUACCCAUACUUUCAUACAUUAAAAAAUACACGAAGGAAUAAAUGUUCAUUCAAGCUUUUGCUUUAAUCAAAAAUUAAAGGGAAAUGCAGAGUCUGUUCCAACUCAUUAAAGUUUGAGAACCUAUAGUGAAUACCCAGCCCUUAUGUUGCCGUCAUUUAUGUGUUUCAACUGCUGCAAGAGUCCCUAACAAAGCUUAUAUCUUCUCAUUUGCAAUGCUGUGAAUUGUCCAGUGAGGAUGUUAUCACAAACUGAAUGGAGGGGAAAAUGCAGAUCAAUGUUAUGUUUUAAAGCUUCAGCCUAGGGAAGAAAAAAUGCCAUCAUAAUUAAUAUAAGAUACUUCCAAGUAAGCUUGCCUAGGAUUACUGAGAACUAAGCUAUAUCAGAAAUCCGAAUAGAUUCUUUUAGGAGAAUGAUGUAAAUCUCAGGAUAAAGAUGUUUGGAAAACAACAUUGUUAUGAAAAAGCAGCUAGAAUCUAUGGCAGCAGCAGCAGGAUCACCAACUCACCCAUAACCUAAUGAAAAGGGUAUUUUUUAAGUGUGUUUGGAAUAUUUUUCUGCUGGUGUCAACAUCAGAUGGAUAGAUAACCAUCUUAAUGUCUUUUUUUCCCUGGACCUGUGAUGCACACUUAUUGUGAAAUAUAUUCUAUGGAGUCUAUUGGGCAACAUUCAUAAAGAGUGGAGUAUAAAUUUGACAUGAGAAGCUUACUGGAGUAUUGCUAAUCCAAACUGACCUUUAGCGCCUUAGAAUGGCUUUGCAACAAGGCAGAACAUUCUGGUAUUCAAAUGAACUAAGACGCUAUUGACAGAGAAACCCUUCAGAAUGAUUUAUUGUUAAAUUCCUGUUAUUUCAAAAGGACUUUUCUGCCGUGUAAAAGCCACUGAACCAUCACAGCGUCUCAUAGCAUCACAGCCUGUGAACCAUUAUAGCAUCUCAUGGAACUCAUGCUGACGUAUGAUGAAAAUUAAAGAACUGUUUCAGGCACACUUACCUACCACCCUCCAUAGUUAAAUUAUUAUCAAAUAUCAAAAGUGGCUUGUUAUGUGAUAUGAAGGUUGGAUGUGUUUUUUUUAAAGAAAUACCCCAUUCUCCUUUGGAUACAUGGAAGAAGUUGGAGGGUCUCUGGUGCUUGGCUUUACUCUUUUUCCUGGAGGUUUUUUUCCAGUCUGAGAUUCCUCCAUAAGCUUUUUGCUGUGUAAUGGCACCUUGUAAUGCUGAAAAGAAUGGUUUAUAGAAUUGCUUGUAAAACAAGAAGCUCUUGUUUUAUCGUACCUUGAAACAUUUUGGAACAGUUAAUAGCUAAUAAGUUUGAUAUGUAAGUCUAAGAACGAUACAUAUAUAUGCGUUGAAAAAUUAUGCAAAUAAACAUUGAAAAAUUGCA